AUGGCUGAGAACCCUAGCCCAGACGAGCGGGUGCCCAUUGAUGAGUUGACCCCAGAGGAGGCGAGUCGCAUCAUCCAUUCUCACCGCAAGGUUCGCUAUGGUACCGCAUGUUGGCCCUGUCGCCAGCGUAAGGUGAAGUGCGACAACAAGCAGCCCUGUGAAAACUGCGUCAAGAGAGAACAUCCUCGGUUAUGCUCCUAUAAGCCCAACCGCUCCUCAACGGCCAAGCACUCAGCGUCGGCCGCGCCUUCAGAGGCCAGCGUGACCAACCGCAAGAGGACGCACUCCUUUUCUGACUCUCGACCCGACGAGAGCGUGCGCAAAGUUGAACGCCAGGACAGCUGGCCACGGACCAUCGCGAGCCUUGAUGAGCCGGAGCCUGCGGGCGACCGCUAUCUGGGCCAGAACAGCAUUCCCGCCCUGCUGCGCGAGCAGUCUUCACCCAUCAACAAGGGCGAGAGCGUCGACAUCCGCCAAGACAUGAGGUCUAUCCUGGGUCUGGACACGUCGGCGCCGUUCCCGCUGAUGUCGGCCCAUCACCUUCAGCGGAUGACGCAGGACAUUUCAAAUGAAUUGCCGUCCGAUCGCGAGGUCAUGAAGCUGUUCCGUGCUUACAAGGAAAUACCGCAACCGUUCUGGGGAUUUGUUAUGGACAUUGACGACCUUGAGUCCAAGCUCAUGGUUUACCUUGAAGAUCGCUCUCGGAGCGCGACUAACGGUGUCAAGUCGACCAAGCCAGUCCAAGCAUCAUGGCUGGCCAUACUAUUUGCGGUCUUGGCCGUCGGCUCACAGUACCAUGAAUCUCCUUAUCAUAUUCGAACCAGAGACUCUCAGCGAUACAUCCAGAUUUCUUUCCAUUUUCUCCGGCUGGGCAACUUUCUUCUUCGACCUUCGUUCGAUUCGAUCCAAGCACUACUUCUUACCAGCUUUGUACUACUCAACGACAUGAAGGCCGAGGCGUCGUGGGCGCUGAUGGGUUUGACAUGUCGUCUUGCCCAGUCUCUAGGUCUGCACCGAACAACACCCAGCGACAGCCGUGACAGUACGCCCCCGAACACGCAAUCGAAAGAAAUGAUCCGACGAAGGUUAUGGUGGAGCUGCGUUUGGCACGAUACCCUGACGUCGCUCUCCUUUGACAGGUGUCCGAUGACCAACUUUCCCUGCUGUCCCAUCCCUGUCAUGUCACCCACGCCGAACGGCAACUACUCAUACCUCGAGACCAUGUAUCACCUCAUGGAAAUCAUUUCGCGCCGCCUAAACCCCGAUGUAAUGAUGAGCUCGUCGUACACGCAAAUCGUCGACAACUGCGAGGCCGUUGAAAGCCUUCGGAGUCGCACUUCGCCACAACUCCAGUUCAAGGAGAGCUGCAAGACGGCCCUUGAUCGAUUACAGCACUACGCCAUUCGCCUCCAUACUUCCUUUGUCAUCUCGGUAGCCUGUCGCCCGGCGCUACGGAGGGACUGCGAGUUUGAGGCAGACCAGAGAAAGAGCCUCGCCGAUCGCUGCAAGGACAACCUAACCGAAACCGUCCGCAUGUUCCUGGCCAUGCACCAAUUAUCAGCUAUCCCGACGAGGAGCUGGGCCUUUACGUACCACGGCCUAUCAUCAGCGCUCCUGCUCGGGAUACUCUGCGAGACAAAGACCGACCCCGAGGUCCGGCAGUUGCAGGGCGAUCUGAUCGCAGCCCUGUCUGCCACGGCCGCCAAGGACGUGAGCUCACCCGAGCCUCACGUCAUAACGACGGACAAGGACAUUGAGCUCUCCGGGCCGCUCUACCGAGCUCUGACGGCGCUCAAGAACAUUUACGACCAUGGCUCCGUGGUGCCUACCCACCUCAAGAAGGAGGGUGACGCCUCUGCCGCCGGCAGCGGCAGCCGGACGCCUCAGUUCCCCUUCGGACCCGGGGGUCAGCUCGCCGGAUCCAGCAACCCGCACUUCCGCAACGUCCCACAGAGCGCCGACCCACGGGAGGAUGCCGCCCUGGCCAUGGCAGAGAUGCAGAACGGAGGCGCUGCCAUCCAAGACUUUACUGGCCUCCCGUAUAGUCAGCAGGUGCAGGCUAAUAACAACAUUAAUCUCGACAGCAUGGGCACGAUGAAUGUCGAUCCCACUCAGUACAUGGCUCCCAUGGAUCUUUACGAGUCCAUCUGGGGUGAAUCGCCGGACCCGUGGAACACGGGAAUGGACUCGUUAAACUUUGACUUUUUGGCUCAGCCGCCACCAGGCCAGCCACAGCAGCAGUUCUACUUUUAG